UACAGUGCUCUCCGUCGUGUUCUUUUUGAGAGCGGAGAUUGUGUUGGCGCACUGCGAGCCGUCAACAAACAUUCCUCCUGCGCGCCAUUGUUUGCGCAUCCGCCAUUGGGUUGCGCGCCGAGCUUGGAUUUGCGCCCAAACGCCAGCACCGCGUCGGCACCACCCCAGCGACACCACUCAGUCACAUUCUCCACCAUGGCAACCGUCAGCCGGCAACCGUUUGCUCCCGUUGACGGGGCACGGUUGAAGAGCUUGGCGAGCAUCAAGAAUCGGCAGAAUGCGCUCUCGCCUUCACCUGGCAAGCGGAAAGCUUCUCAUGUGUCGUCGGACGAUGACAAUUCAGAGAAUAUCGCUCCAGUGCUCUUCUCAAAGCGGUCAAAGGGUUUCGAUCUCUGGAACGACCUGAGCGAGGGGUUCACGAAGCCUCCUGCCUUCACCCUGACCACCAAGGUCGCUUCCUCACCCGCUUUCCGGGAUGUCCUGAGCUCCCCGCCAAGCAAGCUGUCCAGUCCCCGGCCGCGGGCCAUUCUCCAGCCCAAGUCUCCUGCUGCCCGGUUGAAGGUCAAGAGCACAGCACCCUCUCCCCUCACAGCCCCUGCCGGGCGUUCACCCACACGCGCCUCCAAGCGCAUGGGAAUCCUCUCGCGGCGACGUACCCAGCGCCCAGACCCUCCAUCAUUCCGGCUAAGUGCCGGUGCCGGCGUUCCUUUCUCUCUCGAUGCCGCUCUCAAGGGAACAAUCCCGAGCUACUCUGGUAGCAUCCGAAAAAGCAGCAGGACCACCAAGACUACCGGCGGCAGCAGCAGCUCCUCGCGGGACUUCUUCCUCCCUACCCCGGACAUGAAAUCAUCGUGGGGUUUCGACAUCCACGAGGACACACCCGAGCAAGAAAUGACCAACCUCCUUCAGCACGGCACGUGCACGUUGGACAUCAGCAGCGACGAGGAGUCCGAGAGCCGGGCCAGCCGCGAUCGCGCCGAGGGUCGCGACAAGGAGAACAUCCCGCCGCCCGAGGACGUCAGUCAGACAUCGUCCGCGAGGGGAUCCGGCGCCCCUGUCGCUGUUGAGAUUGAUGAGGACGUGCUCCUGCUCAAGGGCCGCGGUCCGCUGGCCGAGAUGAAUGUGACCGAUUUCUACGCUGAGGGGUGCGAUAGCACGAGUGUGUUUAUCGUGCCCGCGGACGAGGAAGAUCCCGAGGCGGCAGUGGAUGAGGCGGGUGUAGUAGCAGCGGAAGAACUACCCCCUCUCCCACAGGAAGACGAGAGCGAGCAGCGGUAUUUUUACGCCGAUGAUGAGUCGCACCAGGCGCCACAUGAACAACAAGACGAUGUCAGCGUCGACCUUGACAGUGUCGCUGAGGCAGCUGACGUCGACGACAUCAUGGAGGCCAAUGACGUCGCGGUCGAUGCCGCCGUGCUGGGCCCUGUCGAGGGCACCACCGGCGAGAGCUUUGAGCUGUGGGAGAGUAAUAGCGCCAAGGACGAGGGUGAUGCGCCGCCAUCUCCGGUGCUCUGAGCGAAAGAGAAAUAGUGGAGUAUCCCCGCAGGCAGUGCCUGUCUUCGAUGUCUUCAUGCGCCAUGUGCUACGUUUUCGCAUCGAGCAGAUGUCUGGGUUCUUGUUGAGUUUCUUUUCUCCUCCCCACCGUGAGUUGGUUCUGCCGAGGUAAUGUCUAUACCCUGCUUUGCUUGUCGAGCGUGGGGACUGGAGGGAUCUACGGGUAGCGGUGCUUUUGCCGGCGUUGUUAUAUUAUGGUUUGUUGACGUUAGCGCUGGCGGUUAUGGUGGCGUGGAAUCUGGGCGUAAUCUUUGUGUUUACGUUUCGUUUAUUAGAGUCCGAAGUUCCAAGUUUUGAAUAGCCUUUCGCCCUCAUCAACUCCGUGGUCUCGUUUUUUCUUGCUG